UUCAGCCGACUAGAAGAAUUCAUCCAGCCAAAAACGGUGUGCACAUACGAACCCAACAUGUCCAACAUCAUUGAUCUCCGAAUUUCUGUGAAUAAGGCUGAGGAAGAAAUGUUCAUUGCAGAUGGUUUCCGUUCAGUUCCUGGUAAUCUGAACAAAGGAAAUGGAGGAAAUGCAAUCUGUCUUUGGUACAAAAGAGGCAAAGGUCGUGGAAUCACCAGGAUUGAGUUUUCAUUUAAUAAUAAAAUGAGUGAGAACCUCAACUCUGCAGGAUACAAGAAGAUUGAGAAAAACCUUAAUACUGGAGCCGGUGGAGAAGAAACCUACCUCUGGUACUACAAACAAGAUGAAAGUAGUAGCACAUCACACUAUGAUCGCAUCAUGGCCCUUCAUGUCACUACACAAGCAGAUGAUGAACCUGAGCUGUAUAGAUUGGGCUGGGAAAGGGUGGGCUAUGACCUGAACCAGAAGUCUGAGGAACCAUCGGUUCACCUGUGGGUAAGAAGAAGCAAAGCAACAUACAUCUAUGACAUCAAAGUGUGUGUUAACUUUGAUGAAGACUUGGAAAACCUCAAGAGUGGUUAUAUCAGGGUGGCUGAAACCACAAACAGAAGUUCAAGUGAGGAAAAAGCCUUCAUCUGGUAUCGUGAGACUGACGACCCUAACAUUGCCAUCACAGGUCUGCUAGUCUCCAGUGAUGACUGCAUACAAUCCUAUAAAAAACUGGAUCGUGAGCUCAGCACCGACAUCGCUGGAAAGAAGACAUUCCUGUGGUACACAUCAAGUGAUGAGUUCAGUCCCAUCCGAGGUGUUACUGUGCUCACCAAAGACUCUGCUGUGAAAGCCAAUAAGGAUGCUGGGAACCAUGUUGUUCCAAUAGACCCCAACUCCAGUUCUCCCGUGUACCUGUGGUUUUGUCGCUGAGAGCCAUCAUAGCGACAGAGCUCAGCACACUAAACGAGCAGAAAUUAAAGAAUUAAUUGCUUCUUGUUUAAUCAAUUUGGUGAUGGGUUCCCUUUCCUUUCUGAAAUUCUAUUAAAUAACCUUGAUCUCAGAUGGUUAAUUCCACCAAUAACCAUUCGUCCUGCAACCAACAAAAUAAUGAAUGUGUAUCAAUUUACUUUCAUUUUU